AUCCAAUCUCUCCAACACCGACAGUCUCCACCCACCCCCACACCCCUUCUCCCCCAUGCCCCCCGCUCAGACACCCAACACCGACCACCUCGACGACGAGGGAGAGUGCCCCGUCUGCCUCGAACCUCUCAGCUUCUCCUUCCGUCUCCCGGGCGAGAAGCCCCACGUCGUCCCAGAAUGCGGCCACGCGCUCCACGAGGCAUGCUUUAGCGCAGUCUAUGGCCCCCCGCCUGGUCAGCGCUCCACGGUGCCCCGAAAAGCAAAUCUCGGCGUCUGCGGCGUCUGCCGUCGUCCAAUGAAGAUCGGCGACGGCGAUUCGAGCAAGACCAACAAGCUCGCCGCUCUCACAGGCAUGGGCGAUCCCCACGCCCCGAAUAUGUUCCCAGGCCGCGAGGCGGGUGGCUCGCGCAGUGCGGCCGCCAGGGGCAGCCCCGCCCCCGGCUACAACCAGCCGUACAACCCCAAUGACGACGACCCCCUCGAUCACCAUGCCAUGUCCGUCAAAUCCGGCCAGGGGAGCGAAGGAUCGUCAUACGUUGUCGCACCUCAUAUCCAAGUCCGCCCCGAAUUCAGCUCCCUCACCCGCACCAACGACAGCACCCAGCCGCUCACCUGCAUUGUCGUAGUCGAGCUUCCCGCCCGGCGAAGCAAUGCCACCCCGACGCCCACCUCCCCGGCCGAGCCACCUUUGUCGAGAAAUGGGACUGGACUCCGGAGGCAUGAUACGGAGCGUUCGAACGCCGCCAGCACGUCGAGCAAUUUCUCGUCGAUGGAGGGAUAUGCGAGAGGCUACACCGAGAAGGCGAACUACGACCCAAGUCCGCCAAAUUGGCAGCCGCAAAAAGAGGCCGAGUCGCCUCGUUACGAAGACGACUCGCCCUUUGCGGCCAUCGUCGACGAUUUGCGGGCCCGCAUCAUGGACUGGAAAGGGCAUGCGCUCGCUGGCCUGGGCCCGCUGAUGAUGUAUGACCUUUUAUCGGUCCGGCGGGACGCGCUCGUGCGUGAAUUCUACGUGUACCUCUUCAAAGAGGCUAUCAUCUGCGUUGUUGAAGAGAAGAAGCGGUCGUUGGGACGGUUCCUUCCUUCGCCUGGGUCGCAGGACCUGCCUUCUACGCAGGCUCAGGCUAAGGGGGUCCUACGAUUGAAGGGGCGGAUCUAUGUGCGGCACAUCAAGCGGGUGACGGCAAACUUUGCGGCGGGUGAUAUGAGCCUCACGAUUGAGAUGGAGGACGAGCGGCUGGACUCGUUCAUUCUCGUGUUCAAGGACCGGGGCACGCUCGAGGCGUGGAAGAGCCAGAUCCAGUCGCUUGUUGUAUCGUUCCAGCACCAGCAACACCAGGCGCAAUACCAACAACAGUCCCCACCGCCGUUCGACCUCGAGGAGUUUGGCGGCUCGAGCAAGGCCGCACGGGUGCUCAGCGGCAGCACGGCGACCACGGUCAGUACCGUCGACAGUCUCCUGCACCACUCCUCACGCUCGACUAUGUCCUCGUCUACGUCGCACGGCUCAAUGCCCUCACGGCAGAUGAUGCAUCAGCAGCAGCAGCAACAGCACAAGCUCUCGCCGCUCGGCGAGGAGGACGUGCUGAGCUCGUACGAGUCGCCCGCGCUCGCGGUCACGCCGCACCUCGCGGGCGGCGGCGCGUCCAACUCGCUGCAGCCCCUCCCGCACGCGCCGCUCGACCUAAUCCUCAUCAUCUCCCUGCCGCCGCCGAACGCGGCGCCGAGCACGGCCGCGCUCAAGGUGCGGGUGAUCAAGACGUCGUUGGACUUUGUCGUGGCAUCGUUGGGCCCCAAGGACCGCCUCAGCCUUGUGACGUUCGAGGUCGGCCAGGGCGGCCGCGUGCGGAAGACGCCGUUCCUGUCUUUGGGGCGGAACACGAGCCGGAACCGGCUAUCCAAGUUCAUUGAUGAGAUUGGGCAGACUGCGGAGGAUAGUAUGGAUGACGAGUUCCUCGUUCGGGCGUCGAGGGAGGAGAAAACCGAUGUUGUGACUGCGGUCAAUCACGCCCUUGAUGUGGUGCUGCAGCGGAAAGCGCGCAAUUCGGUGUCGGGCAUGAUUUUGGUCAGCGAUGCUGCCGAUAGCACGCGCCGUGCCCAGAUGGAUCUCGUCCUCGCCCGUGCGGAGGCGGCUAACAUGCCUAUUCACUCGUUCGGCUACGGCCGCUCGCACGAUCCUGCCUCGCUGUGGCUGAUGUCCAACCAUACGAGCGGGACGUAUACGUUCGUCAAGGACUGGUACGACUUGCGCGGCUGUCUCGCGGGCUGCAUUGGCGGGAUGAUGUCCAUUGGCUUGCUCAACAUGAAGCUGCACAUGAAGAUCGUCGACAACAACCGCUUCCGGAUCCGUAAGGUGUCCGGCGGCCCCUCUUCGAUUCUCGCGACGGACGGGCACCACGUGGACGUGGACGUGGGCGAGCUGCGGUACGGCGAGUGCAAGGAGAUGCUGAUCGAGCUCGAGCUGGACAACACCGAGGCGCGACGGCUGCAGCAGGCGCGGGGUGAGAACCGCGCGUUGAACGCGACGGACCAGUACGUGCAGAGCCUCGGGCUCGACGCGCUCACGAUCGACGACCCGACGGACCUGAUGGACGGUCUCGUGGACCGGAUGAUCGACGAAGUGCCCGUGUUCGAGGUCGACGGCGCGUACCACGACCCCGCAGCGGGCAAGCACGUCUCGCGGCUCGCGCACCCCGUCCUGCUCACCAUCACACUGCUCCCCGCGCCGUCGUCGGGCACGGCGUCGCCACGUCCGCCCGGGAAGCCGUCGGACUCGGUCAUCGUGCGCCGGCGGAUGGAGCUGCUCGCGUCGGACAUGGUCACGCGCGCGCUGGUGCUCGUGUCGCGCAAGAACUACGCGCAGGCGCAGAAGAUUCUGAGCGAGACGAAGCGGAUUCUGCAUACCGUGUUGCAGACGGUGUCCAAGAGCCUGCCGCCGCCGCCGCAGGGCGGCGCGGGCGCGGGCGCGGCGACGAUGCGGAACCGCAAGGAGACACUGGCGCUCGCGGCUGUGCGUGCGUUGCAGGCGAUUUUGCAGGAUUUGCAGCUGCUCGCGGAGGCGCUUGAGGAGAAUGUGGAUUUGUUUGCGCAUGACCAGCGUAAUUUCGGGGCGCAGCAGGCUAUGAUUCUGCGCGACCAGAAGAGCUGGAGCAACCGAAGCGCAACCGAGCGUCUGUUCUGGACGAUGGACAAUUCGAUCGAGCUCUACACCCGCAGCGCCGAUUGGGUAGGCCGGGAUUAAGACACUUGGCCUCCUUCCCCUGCUUUCUCGGCCAGCCUCCUCCACUCGUCCCCCUCCAGGCUUCGCUCAUAUCAAUCUCGUAUAUCCCCUGCACGUAUCUGCUAUCCACCUUUCUCCUUGUCUCUCUUGUCUCUCUUCCUUGUGGUCACCCGGCUGCCUGUCGAUCUGAUUCCCCGUCUUAAUAUUCCUCGAACGGGCGAGCGAGCGUGGCAGCACGCUCUGCUCUCUCACCGGCGUUCUUAUUAUUCUGGUUCGGAUCGGUUCUCUUCUGUUUUUUUUGUUGGUGGCAUAUCGAUUACCCAGUUACCCUCGUUGCAUGUUGACUCCCCCGCUGUGCAUCUGGAUGGAUCGGCCUUGUUGGCCCCUCAUUACUUUUUGUUGCCUUGUUCUUUGUUAUUUUUUUCUUUAUAUUAUUCCUCGUCUCUUGUCUCUUGUCCCUUUCCUCCUUUUGAUCCCCCGCACUGUGUUCUCCCUCUCUCGGUCCUUCUCGCAUCGUCUUCGUCACUCACACAUCCACCCACCCACCCACCACAUAUCUGUCCCCCUUGUUCUCCCCCCUCUCGUUUUUCUCUCCGCUGCGAUUUUCUGUUAUUUUUGUAGAAUAGGAAAAUACCAUAGACUCGAC